AUUUCAUUUCACUAUUGACCAGUUUUUGGUUUAACACCAUGGUACGAAUCACAUGCACCAUCUCCUUCAGCACAGACAACGAGCCGGACGGCCGCUCGCACGAAGACAGCUUCGACGACCACUACAAGCGAGUGGGGUGGUCGAGAGAUGGCGAGCAUGCCAAGUACCAGGAGGAAGGCGAAGAUUUGGAAGCGUACGACGGGCCGGAAGACGAAGAGGCACCCGACCUCAGCCUCACCACUUUUUUUGGCGGCUGCUCCCUCCACGGCGGCAACCACGUCUUUGUGGAGGACAAGCUAAGCGUCCGCCGGGUCAUGUGGACGGUGGUCUUCCUGCUGGCGGUCUCCAUGUUCCUCAAGCAGGUGGUGGACCGCAUCAUCUAUUACCUGCAGUACGACUAUAUCACCCAGCUGGAUGAGCGCAACGCCAAGAACAUGAUAUUCCCCGCCAUCACGCUCUGCAACAUCAACACGUUCCGGCGCUCGCAGAUGAGCUACAGCGACCUGCUCUUCAUGGGGCCACUGCUGGGAUACGAGGACAACAUGGCGCCGGGAAUCCCUCUGGCCCCGGAGCCCGACAGGCAAGGGUCUCGAUUCAGCCUCGCAGAGUUCUUCAACCGGACCCGUCACCGCAUGGACGAUAUGCUGCUGGAGUGCAACUUCGCUGGGAAGGAGUGCGGUCCAGAACACUGGAGAGAGAUCUUCACACGCUAUGGAAAAUGCUACACCUUCAACUCGGGACAGGACGGACGGCCACUGCUGGUCACUAUGAAGGGAGGGAUGGGUAAUGGUCUGGAGCUGAUGCUGGACAUCCAGCAGGACGAGUACCUGCCCGUGUGGGGAGAGACCGAUGAGACGUCGUUCGAGGCAGGAAUCAAAGUCCAGAUCCACACGCAGGAUGAACCGCCUUUCAUCGAUCAGCUGGGAUUCGGAGUGGCUCCAGGCUUCCAGACGUUCGUCUCCUGCCAAGAACAGCGGCUGACGUAUCUUCCUCCUCCGUGGGGCGACUGCAAGUCUACGCCCAUGGACUCUGAAUUCUUCAGCACAUACAGUAUCACCGCCUGCCGCAUCGACUGCGAGACGCGCUAUCUGGUGGAGAACUGCAACUGCCGCAUGGUGCACAUGCCCGGAGACGCUCCAUAUUGCACCCCGGAGCAGUAUAAGGAAUGUGCAGAUCCAGCUCUAGAUUUUCUGGUGGAGAGAGACAAUGAUUACUGCGUGUGCGAGACGCCUUGCAACAUGACGCGCUAUGGCAAAGAGCUGUCGUUUGUCAAGAUCCCCAGCAAAGCCUCCGCCAAAUACCUGGCCAAGAAGUACAACAAGUCGGAGCAGUACAUUGCAGAAAACAUCAUGGUGUUGGACAUCUUCUUCGAGGCCUUGAACUACGAGACCAUCGAGCAGAAGAAAGCCUACGAGUUAGCCGGCCUUCUCGGUGACAUUGGAGGACAGAUGGGGCUGUUUAUCGGGGCCAGUAUCUUAACCGUCCUGGAGCUCUUUGACUAUCUUUAUGAGGUGAUCAAGUUCAAACUGUGUCGCUGCGCCAAGAAGAAACACCAGCGGAGAGACAACAAUGAGCGAGGAGCUGUUCUCAGCCUGGACGACGUGAAGCGUCACGUCAGCACCCUGUGACAACCUUCGUACCCCGUCAACCUACCCAGCCAACAUGCUACCUCACCAUCCUGGCCAGGGCAACUUCGAGGACUUCACUUGCUGAGCUUAAAGCCAGAGCAGCCUGUCUGACAGAGAACAACCAAAGCCGAUCACAUCAGUACGGACUCCAUUCACAACCGGACAUUACAGAGAAACCUUCUGGAUCUGCUACACACGGGAAAACCACCAUGUCCUGAGAUAUAACCUGACAUCGGAGGAACGGUACCAACCAACAAACUAUAUGUUCACUAACGCGUUACAUGGAAAUGUGCAAAACUUUUGAUGUUUUUUGAAGAAUUUAAAGGAAAUACUGCCUCAAAAACAAAACUCCUUGAAGCCUCGUAAAUGUGGAGCGAUUACCCCACGCCAAAAUUACACAUAAUGUGACUCGGACAUCGAAUAGCUUCUCGCAGCUGGACCUUGAUGCCUUUUGUGUACAUAGUGACGGCUCGAAACUGUCUUCAGACCAGUGGCUUAUGUAGAUCAGUAGAUAAAUAUAGCGCUUACUCACUGUAUGUAGCCUCAUUAGUCCCAUCUGCUGGAUCGAUUCUGUAUCUCACGAGUAUGUAACUUCCCGAACAAGGUGACCAUUACAUGCGUCACGGGGGGGUUUCGGGACGCUGGAGGGUUCGGGUCCCAUAUGACAUUGUGUUACAGGUCUCAUCUUGUAAAUGCAUGCUGGUCGUCCUGUGCAUGUUUUUAUUUUGAUUUCGAUUUCAUUAUUACUAUCGCCAAGCUUGCCUCAAUUAUAUACAGGUGUUGGAAGAUGGUGUAAAGUUUGUGUAAGUGUGUAUAUGUGUGCGUGUGCAGGUUCUGCUGUUCUUGUGGGGAUGACAUUUCUCCGUGACCCCAGAAGAAUAGCAAGCUGACAAAAGCACCUUGUGAGAACAUCUCUACAAGGAUACAACGGUUCAAAAAGAAACGAAACAAUGUAUAAAUUCAUAUCUAAAAAUGCCAAAAAGUUUUAUUUUACGUUCAGGAUUAGUUUGGUAUUUGACAAACAAACAAUAGAUGUGAAUGGAAAGUCCUCAAAAGGAUACAGUGGCCCCAAAAGAUGUUGUGACACUCGAGUUACUCUUACUAAUGCGUGAGAAUAGUUGCAUUAGAAAGCAGUUGCGCAUCUCAAAUGCUGCAGGGUCGUUUUCUCUUUACUCGUGUU